CGCAAGAUACGUGAUCUGCGUUGCAGGAUGGCAGGACGCAAGGUGGCAAUCUAUAAUUGUGCACGAGCUUUGGAUGAUAAUGACAUAUACAUACUGCAAAUGUUCGAUACCUCUCCGUCGGGCCUUUUGGUAAAGGCUUAUCGGCAAACCGAGUCAGUCGAGUAUUUUAUGCCCAUCACGGAAAGCGAGUUGGAUAAUGCUGCCUUAAGCCGAUCGCAACAGGCCCUGUCCAAGCUUGCGGAAUCUCUCUCUCUCGUAGAACUGAGCGGUAAACUGGUUUUGAUGUCUUCGAUCACAGGUAUCAUCAAACCUAAGGUACUGCCAAGUGGAGAUGGUGUGCGACAAUUCAUUGGUCGGACAAAAGCCGGUAGGGACACCUUGUCUGACUUUCUCUCCGAGGCCCUUUCCGAACUCUGCAAAGAGAAGCCAGUAGGCCUCGAUGCGGUUCGCUGGCUAGGGCAAUGGAUCUUGAAAAAUAAUCCUAAUCAGCCCACAGUAGAGGAACCAACAGACAUGAAUGCCACCCUGCAAACAUGAUGUCGGACCGCAAUGAGAUAUGAGUUUACAUACUAGUAUAUCACAGCAGAAGCCGUUUGAAUACUAGAUUGCAACAUCUCCCAGGAGCCGCAUAUCUUACAUGGCACCCAAGGACCAACAUAAGCGCCCGAGGCGUCAAGAUUCGAAGCGCCAUUGGACACUUCCACCAAAAUAUACCCCAAUUAGGUGGACUACUAGCACUAGUACCUCCAUUCAUAAGAUAUUCUACUACAACUUGAAAAACAGACGAAGAAGGGCGAGGACCCGGCCUAGCCAAAACACCGGAAUUUAAUCUCUUUCAAGUUGAGCCCUAGGUCCUUGCAGUAAGGACCUGUGUUCCUAACUCACCCCUUGUCAAGUUUUUUGCAAAAAACUUGACAAAUGCUAGUGGGAAAAAACAUACUAGGCCGCGUAAAAACCCGU